AUGGAAUGGGCAAUAUAUGACAUGAUAAUCCGCAUUUUCGACAUUCUCCGCUAUGACACCCGUACUCUAUUUAAUUGCUCCCUGGUCAACCAUGCUUUCGCCGAGGCAGUUUCAAGGAUAUUGUACAGAGAGGUCACGCUCUCCCCGGCUAGUACAAAUGUGCUUGACCUAAGAAGAAGAGACGACUUCUCACAAGGCAUUCUUCACUCGGCUUGUAUCCCGAGGAAUGCGAAGCAUGUCCUUUGUUUUGAGCUGAGUGGCUACCCCUCUCCUCGACCGUUUCCUCUGAAUCCACUCUCAAAACACCUCGAGGAAGCAUUUAAAUGUUGGCAUAACCUGACGACGGUGAUAUUGACACCGAGAAUUUAUCAUCAAGAUCUCCUCACCAAUGUCUUGCCACUACUACCUACUCUCCCACUACUGCAGAAUCUCAGUGUCAAUACGUCAUGCACGGAUGACGUACAUGCUCCUGGGCUCGUGCAUAUCUCAGGUCUGAAGGCACUGUGCAUUCAGAAUCCGACACGCGCGAUUCUGCAGCUCUUGCCCAACUGGCUCGGAAAGCUAACAAGCUCACUGCGAGGCUUGCACCUUGUGGAUAAUUGCGGCUCAAUUACACCAGGCGUCCUCCGUUCAUUCGUCCCUCAUCUGUUCAAAAUCGAGGCUCUCUCGCUCGGAUUGUCUUAUUCUCUCACGGAUUUCGAUGUCUUCACAUUUCUGGAAGAAAUGACCUCUUUGGUCUCACUUGACUUGCGGUACUAUUUGCAACUCCGGCAACCGCCAAAAUCUCCUCGUCUUGACCACCUGCGAUCCCUCACUGUGAGAUACACACCUGUGAAUAAUGCGAAGCAUGCCACACGUCUCUGUAAAUGGACUCGCAUGGUAAUUGAGCAUGCACCGCUCGUCGAGCUGCGUCUCGUGUGUACGGAGGAAGACAGAGGCUCGAGUGUCAACUUCGAUGGUCUUCUCGCCCAUCUGUCGCAUAAACACGCGAAGGUCCUCCGCAUCCUAAGGAUGGAUAAGGCAUUUGUCGGCAGAAAAGCCCUUCGCCAUCUGUGUAGCUGCUGUGAGAAUCUGGAGGAGCUCGCAAUCGCAAUAUCAGGCGACUUGCUGCAUCAUUUACCCGAGCUGUUUACUUCGCUGCGCAACUUGCACACCAUCCGCAUCGAGACGCGCAAUGCCAAGCGCAGUCGCGUUUUCUUGGAUACAGAUCAGGCUCGAGAGUUCAUUGUUAGCUGUCCGGAUCGCCUCCGGAGGCUUGCGAUGGACGGCAUGUUUUGGGAGGUGCGCGUAUAUGCAUGUUCUGAUGGUUGCUCUGACGGGUGUGCGCAGGGCCAAUGGGUUUCAGACCCCCAGAAUGAGGUGCGGUUCGUCGUACGGCAAGUGAACGCACAACGCGCUGCCUUGUGGGAGAAGACUUGA